GUCAAUGCGGAAGUAGAAGUUGUCGAAGUUGACUGUAAUGUCAGUGAAGUGUUGCUCCUGUUAGUUUCUGACACAGAGAAUACAAACUCACAGGGAUGUCUUUGUCUUUCGAGGGAAGAGUUGUGCUUGUCACCGGGGCCGGAGGAGGCCUCGGCAGAGAAUAUGCACUGGCUUUUGCUGAGAGAGGCGCCUCAGUUAUAGUGAAUGACCUUGGGGCAGACACUAAAGGGGGUGGAAAGAGUUCUGCAGCUGCGGAUAAGGUGGUGGAGGAGAUAAGAGUGAAGGGAGGCAAGGCCGUGGCCAACUAUGAUUCUGUUGAAGAUGGAGAGAAAUUGAUCCAAUCAGCAUUGGAUGCAUUUGGAAGAAUAGAUGUUCUUGUAAACAAUGCUGGGAUCCUUCGUGACCGAUCAUUUGCCAGGACGAGUGAUUUGGACUGGGACCUGAUUCACAGAGUUCACUUGAGAGGCUCCUUUUUGGUGACUCGAGCUGCCUGGAAUCACAUGAAAAAUCAAAAGUUUGGCAGAAUCAUCAUGACGACUUCAGGAGCAGGCGUCUACGGAAACUUCGGCCAGGCCAACUACAGCGCUGCCAAGCUGGGCCUGCUGGGGCUGGCAAACACCUUGGCCAUCGAGGGACGCAAGUACAACGUCUACUGCAACACUAUUGCCCCUGUGGCUGGCUCACGCCUCACAGAGACUGUCAUGCCCCCAGACCUUGUGGCAUCUCUGAAACCUGAGUUUGUUGCUCCCUUGGUCCUCUGGCUCUGCCAUGAACAAUGCCAAGAAAAUGGAGCACUGUUUGAGACCGGUGCAGGCUGGAUUGCUAAAUUGCGCUGGGAGCGUUCUCUGGGCUGCACUGUGAGACAGAAGAACCAACCCAUGACUCCUGAGGCUGUCAGGGACCAGUGGGACCAAAUCUGUGACUUCACAGAUGCUACAAAGCCGACUAGCUUGCAAGAGUCUAUGAUGUCAAUUGUGAGUGUGCUGUCACAAGUGGAGUCUGGUGGGGAGGUCAGCGGUAAUCCUACAUCUGCACCGGCCUCGACUUCAGGGAUCAAUCCUAAUGAGGCAGUGGGAUCCAAAUUCCCACCAGCCUCGUUCAGCUACACCCACAUCCAGUGUAUCCUCUAUGCGUUGGGGGUGGGCAUGUCUACCAAGGAUCCGGACCAUCUAAGGUUCCUGUAUGAAGGCCAUGAAGACUUCGUCUGCCUCCCCAGUUUCGGGGUCAUUGUGGCCCAGUCAGUUCUGAUGGGGGGCGGGCUGUCCUCAGUCCCUGGACUCAACAUAGAUUUCACACAGGUAUUGCACGGAGAGCAGUAUCUGGAGCUUUACAAGCCUUUACCCACCUCAGGGACCCUUACCUCUGAGACCACCGUAGCAGACGUGUUGGACAAAGGAUCCGGGGCUGUUAUCCUCUUGGAUGUGAAGACGUACUGUGGCGACGAGCUGAUCUGCUUCAAUCAGUUUUCAGUGUUUGUGGUCGGGGCAGGAGGCUUUGGAGGAAAGAGGACAUCGGACAAAGCCAUAGCUCCUCUGCCUCCACCUCAGCGGGCACCAGAUGCUGUGGUGAUUGAUUCGACCAGCAGAGACCAAGCAGCCCUAUACCGUCUGAGUGGAGACUGGAACCCGCUGCAUAUAGACCCCAGCUUUGCUGCCAUGGGAGGCUUUAAGGCUCCCAUCCUGCACGGUUUGUGCUCAUUCGGCUUCGCAGCGAGACACGUCCUCAAGCAGUUUGCAGACAACGACCCUUCAAGAUUCAAGGCUAUCAAGGUGCGCUUUGCGAAGCCGGUGAUGCCGGGUCAAUCAAUACAGACUGAGAUGUGGAAGGAAGGCAACAGAAUUCACAUCCAGUGUAAAGUGAAGGAGACUGAUGCUGUGGUGCUGACUGGGGCCUAUGUGGAUUUACAUGCAGCAGCAGAGGCCGCUCCAGAAGAGCUCCCUCAGGCAGGGGGCCUGCACAGUGAGCUGGUGUUUGCAGAGAUUGGCCGUCGUAUUAAAGACAUGGGCUCAGAGCUGGUCAAAAAGGUGAAUGCUGUGUUUGGCUGGGAGAUCACCAAAGACGGGAAGAUCGCUGCACAGUGGACCAUUGAUCUGAAGAACGGCAGCGGCUCCUUGCACAAGGGCUCUUACAGCGGGAAGGCGGAUGUGAGCAUCACCGUGUCAGACGAGGACUUCCUGGAGGUGGUGCAGGGGAAGAUCAACCCUCAGAAGGCGUUCUUCUCCGGCAAACUGAAGGUUAGAGGGAACAUUAUGCUGAGUCAGAAGCUGGAGGUUAUCCUGAAUGACCACGCCAAGCUGUGAGCUCCUCAGACGACAGCCAAUCAGACGACUCCAUGAACUCAGCAUCUCUCUCCGUCCGUCCACUCUUCUCCAUGUGUGUGUUUAUGAUUUGCCUCUCCAGGGAGAAUCGUGAUUUACUCUGCUUCAGAAUAAUUUUUCACAUGUAAAAAUAACUUUCACUGAAGGCACAAAAUGAACAAACAAGGCUUUUCUUAAAUGUAUUCAAUUUCCUCGUUGAGUUUGCUUACAGCUUGGUCCUUAAGGUCUCUUUGCUUCUGAAAAUGUGCACUUAACUCACCUGCCUUUAAAGAUCCAAAUGUAAAAAUGAACCACUACUUUUAUAGAUUUGUCAGUUAUUAAAUAUUAAGAACAUAGGACACACAAGCUUUACCCCAGCAGUCCAACAUUCUGCCCAAGGUACUGUUAAUUACUGUAAUUAAAAUAUACAACUGUUUUAUUGUCAUAAUUAUUUAAUUACAGAUUCAUUCUCAAACUGUUAACUCAGAAAUCAUUUUUGUAUCUGACACUGCAACCUCAACUGAACCUUUGAGGUGUCAUAAUUUAGUUUGAUACGUAUUUUUUUUUAAAUUAGGUAGUCCCAACUAAAAGCUAAUUUUCCGUCUGUUUAAUACUGCUGGACUGUAGGACUGUCUAUAAGUGCUCUAACGAUGUAUCAGAUGAUUAUUUGAAAGGGGUUGCUUGCAGUGAUAAAUCCGCAGAAUUAUCACCUGGAUCUCCUCGGCUCCAAGGAGCUGUGUCGUUAUUUUCAUCUGGUUUUUGGGUCCGUCUCUCAUCCAUACUGCUCAGACUCAAUCCCAUAGUGUUAUUUCUUGUGAAAACAACUUCCUCUGUGGAGUGUUGAUAAGCAGAAGUAUAGCGCUAUGGACCUUUUUCUAAUCAAUAUAUCCCUGUUUGGUUUGUUUUUGGACACAAGCGAUCCUUCUUUCACACCAUCACACUGAUUUGGUGGUGACAGAGAAUUCAAUGUGAGCAUAACUGUUUGAGAUAAAGCUCUGCAGGCAAAGUGACUUAACUCAUGAAAUGUGUAGAAGUGUAAACUAGCUUUGAACAUAUCUUUAUAUCAGUGCAAUGAUGUUGAUAAUGAUUUUGUUUGCUAUAACAGAAAUUAAGUGUUUCUAAAACUGAACGUGUCAAUUUGAUACUUAGUCCUAAGGAAAGUAGAUGUUUGAUUUGACCUGUGUCUAAUAAACAUAUGGCUCAUUGGUUUGAGAUAUUUCAAAAGUCAA